UGUCGCCGUCUCUCACACAACACUUUGUCAUUGCUUCAGGCGUUUCAGCUCCUUCAUCUUUUUCAAAAGGGUUUAUUUGGUCUCUUCCUCAACUCCAAAUAGCUUCUCUUCCGUCCCAAGUUUCAUCUCCCCGUAGCUUAGGUCUUCAGGCUUCAAGAGAUCGGGCAAACUAGCGUCUGCUUCCAGCAUUCCUGAUUUCGUGCUUCUCCAACAGUGCUUCGCUUCAGGCUUUGUAGGUGGUGUUCGUGUCAAUACAGGAAACGGAAGGAUUUUAGCGUGACGCUCGGCUUUAAAUAAUUACAGCGCGAAUUCCUUCUCAGCCCUAAUUUCCUUCACGAAUUUUCUCCACAAAGACGAUAACGGAAAGGAUCAAGUCCUGGAAUCUCACAAUGCCCUGCACAGCAUGCAGAAACGACUCCCUAGUCCGCGACGAUGUAACCGGGGACCUCGUCUGCUCGGACUGCGGUUUCUUGCAGGCCUUUGACAACUACCAAGCUCAGCUCUAUGGACUCGAUGGUCCACAAGGAACCAAUAUCCGCCACGGCUCCAUAGGUACGGGUUCUGUCCUCAACUACAAAGACAAAAAGAUAUUUGAGGCACAAAAGAUAAUCGAUCAUUUGAUGUUGCAAUUCGGUUUAACCGGUUCGAAGUGCGAAGAGAUCAGAAACAUGAUAAGUAAAAUCACUGAUGGUGAGUUUGGCCUGGGCAAUUGGUUUCCUAUUUUUGUGGGUGCUUGUACUUAUGUCGUGAUGAGGAGUGAUGACAAGGUUAUGCCAAUGGCAGAGAUUGCAGCCGCCGUUGGCUGCGAUGAACAUGAGUUAGGAAGAAUGGUUAACCGAGUUGUCGAGCAUUUGGGCGUGAAACUGCCGGAGUUUGAUUAUGUGGAGUCGUUCUUGAGGUUGGUGAAGAAUUUGUCAGUUUUAGACAGGUUGGACAGAGAUAAGAUGGAGCGGAUUAAGAGGCAGGGUAUAUUUUUGUUGAAUUGUUCUAUAAUUUGGUUUUUGUCUACAGGAAGAAGACCAUUGCCACUGGUGGUGGCCGUGUUGGUGUUCGUUGCCGAGUUGAAUGGUGUUAAGUUGGGGAUUGAGGAGGUGGUUAAGUAUGUCCAUGUUGCCGUAGUGACCUGUAGGAAGCGGUACAAGGAGCUUUUAGAGAAGCUUGUGAAGGUUGCUCACCAGAUGGAUUUGCCCUGGGGAAAGGAUGUUACUGUAAAGAAUAUUGUAAAGCAUGCGCCUAUUGUAAUUAGUUAUAUGGAGGCAAGGUCCAUGAAGGAGCAUUGUAAUGACCAUAAUGAGUUGGAUCCGAAUGAGUUUGAUUUGCAAGAUGUGCUUAGGGAGUGCUUGAGUAAAGAUGUUGGCUAUUGGAGUAAUGAUCACAGAGUGGAAAGCGAAUCUCGGUAUUUUGAUGUGGGAGAUGAAAACGCAGUUACCACUUCGACCAAUCAUGACUUGGAGCAGUCUAGGAUUUCACCCGAGUCCUUGUCUCUUAUUUAUAAAAAGUUUGCAAAUGAGGUGGACAGUGGUAAGUUUACAGGGGAAUAUGGAAGUGUCGAUGGUAGGAGAGAAAGUUUUGAUCUUCGUGCAUGCAGAGAUUGGUGGAAUGGACAAUCAAAAUUGAGCAAGAAGCUUUUAUUGAAGCAAAUAAUAGAGAGUGAUGUGGGUUUGGAUGCCUUGCCUCCAUCCUACAUUAAGGGUUGCAUGGUGCUUGAGAGGAGGAGGGAAAGGAUAAAGGUGGCCAAGAUUCGAAUUAAUAACAUCAUGCAUCCUUCAGAUACUGAUAAUAGCAAUUUUGGCGCUCUUAGUUCCAUAAAUGCCGGGAAGAAGAGGAAAAGAGCUGUAGCUAGUGAGAUUGGUUGGGAGGAUUUAAUUAUUGAAAUUCUCCUUCUCCAUAAGGUGAAAGAGGAGGAAAUUGAGAAGGGACACUAUAAUGUUUUAUUGGACUUGCAUGUUUCUAUUGAUGGGAUGUUGGACGUGUUGGAGCAUUGAUGGAAUUAUUCUUGCAAUUUACUUGUAAGAAAUUUAGUAACUACAAAGCAGGCCUAGGAGCAGAUUUUUAAUGUAUGCUCUUACUAGUUACAGAAAAAAGAAAGUUGGUUGAUCUUCUUGUAGAUCACAUUUAAUUUCACAGCUACUACAACAUUACAUCAGUACCCAUUGUACUUCACAAGUUCAUGAAGUUUUGAGAGUACAAUUGGCAUUUUUAAUGGAAGCUCUUACUGGAUUAUCUC